UUGUUUGGUGGUACUCUUGAACACACAAUUGAUUAUUUACAGAGCGAAACAUCUGCGCAGUCGCUACCUCCACCAACCAUACCUCACGCGCAUCAACGACCUCCACUGGAUCGUGGACAGAGCCAACUGGUAUUUGCCGAUUAUUACAUCAUCAGUGGUCUUCUUCUGGAACUUGCUAUGAAUCUCACGUCAGUUACUUUAAAAAUCUUUUGCAGAAUUCAAAUGGCACUAAAUGGAUCGGCAAAUUUUGUCGGUUGGAAUGAUACCGAAGGAGAGAUAUGGCGAAAUUGGGGAUCAAAAAGGUUACGAUUUUUAGCCAAGAAGUACAAUCUAAAUCAGGAUCGUGUUUUGACUGAAGCGCGAUCAAUUGAUGCUGGUCCGCAUUACGAUGUUGUGGAUCAUCCUGGGCCAUCGCAUGUGCAGGGGUCUGACACGAAUUUUUCUUUCCCCUCUCAUGGUGGAGCUGUUCCCGACAUUGGAACUCCAGGUUCUAUAGCCAGAAGUCUCAGUCAAGCUGGAAGCGAUGUGGGCCUCCGUCCGAGAGCCGAACGUCGAGAGUCUGUGGCGCGCAUGGCAGCAAAUGUUGCAAAGAGAGGCUUAUCCAGUACACCGCGUAAUCAUCGAGUAAGACUAUCAUCUCGGCAAUCGUUUGAUAUGGAUUUUGCGGAAUCUGAACGUGCUGGCUCACCGCCCAUGGAUUAUUUUGCUCAAUCUACACAGCCUCUGUUUGAUAUUACCCCAGCGGAAGAAGCACUACCAUAUGCUCGACUUAUUCAAGCAGGCCCUCCCCGAAGAACUGGCUCACCAAUAGCUGAGGAGUCGCCUAGCGAGUUGUCGUCGCUGGAUAAGGAAUCAGCCAACGCAGCUAAACAAGAACGCGAACCUUUACCUCCUGUAGCUCGGCUAGACGAUUUCGAAAUGAUCGAUCUAGAUGUGCAAUCCAUCUAUGCGACAGCGUCCGAGGAACAGUCCACUACUCCAAGUGAUCAGGUGUUGCAGUACUCAACUCCACCUGACAAAAGCGAGUCUUCGGAAACUCUCACAAAGCCGAAAUUGUCAUUGCAAGAGCAUGUGGAUAUCGAUGACUUAUUCUUUGACUUCUCUGAAGAGGACCAGUCGAAAAGUAGACUGAAAGCGGGUAAGGAGAGACCGAUGACAACAUUAAUGUCACUGCCAAAAUUGCCAUUGCCGUCGGAAACAGGCUCUCGGGUCUGUCAAGGCGGAAUAUCUAGACUUGAUAUCGGUGACGGUAGACUACACAUACCUAUAGGAAGGGUAGCGUUAGGACCGGUACCAGAAGAAGAUCGCGCAGAGGUAAAUCAACCGGAUCGUCCUUUGCUAGAUGCAAUAAAACCUUAUGUAAGAGCUUACUAA